UGCUGGAACAGGAUGGCGGUGAGGUGCCGAAACAAUUUGCUGGGACAGUGAUUUUGUGUUGCGUUUUUAGUUUUAUCGUUUCUAUCAGAAAAAGCCGCAGAUAAGGGACAGUAUUGCAUCAAAUAGUUCUACUACCGGACCACAAAUACCGAUGUGAAGUUUGCCUAUUUAAAUAGUAAAUCGAACUAAUAUUCCUAUGUUUGCUGCGAUUGAAGAUAAAUUGGACAUGGUUCCAUUCUCCCAUAUCAAACGGCAAUGACCCAACCCCACGGAUAGGCACCUACAGGACAGAUACACGAGCAUAGUUCAAAACAGUGUGGUGCGACCACGUACCGUUUAGUUCACCUAAUUAACGCCAUUCUUGGCCGUUGAUUUGGCAAUAUUUUUAACUCGGCACAGCGACACCAAUUAGCUGUUCUGUUCAGUAAGGGCAAUUUUCUGGAUGCACUUUUGUUUACACUCGCAAAGAAUUUCGAAUUAAAUCGUGUACGAAGAAGUGAAUAUUUAAAAUACUUCAUCAGACCAGCGUUUCCGUGUCGUCGUUGCCGACACCAACGCCAGUGCACGAGAGAGGUUGGUUGUGGAGAUGAGUAGCAGUAGCGCCAGUACCAACACCGGUGGUUCCACUGCGACGGCCGAUGGUUCCACUUCAUCGUCGUUCUGGCGUAACAACAGUCGCUCGAUACCAGGACGACCAACGACGGUCGCCAAUCGCACUGGCGGAGGUCGUCCAAUUGGGUCCGGAUCUUCCGGGGCCAGCUCGUCCUUUCAAGACUAUCAGGAUUCGGUGAGCGACGCAUGGGAUCUGGGAGACGACGAAUUUUGUAUCAUUUCCGGUGUCGUGGACACGCGCAUAUCGAAAAGAGCUUCUCAAACGGCAGCCUUGAACGUGCUAAAGACACAUAAGAGUGGCGUAGGUGGCAAAUCGUUUGCCAACAUUCGCGCGGACACAACACAGGACUUCACCGCCGCUUCAGACACGGAGUUAACUUUAUCAACGGAUCAUAGUCAGCAAUGCGACGGAAAAGCGGAGGAUACAGAAUGUCCGCAAAUAGAGAAUCUAGACAUUCAGCAACCACAGCGUCCACAGCAAUACAACGCAAAUGUGCCGAAUGAUGGGGUGGUUUAUGUGAAUGAUCAUCGCUUACGGCAAAGGUUUCACGCAUACCCUGGACGUCCCCAGCUGUUGAAGCUUUCCUCAAACGUAGCCUCAAAGGAUGUAGAGUGUGAAUCAAAGUAUGAAAAGUUUAGUAACAUCCUCGAAGCGCCGCUCCUGAACCUCAUAGCGCUAAAGGAACUGAGCUGGUCGGGAGUACCGCGAAAGAUGCGGGCAGUGACCUGGCGGCUUCUGUCCGGCUAUUUGCCUACCAGUCUGGAACGCCGACAGACCGUGCUGGAGCGCAAACGGGUUGACUAUCGGAAGCUAGUGCAGCAGUACUUCGAUGCGGACAGUCGUGACGAAAGUCAGCAGGACACGUACCGUCAGAUUCAUAUCGACGUGCCGCGAAUGAAUCCACACGUAUCGCUAUUUCAGCAGCAGCUUGUGCAGGAGAUGUUUGAACGGAUACUAUUCAUUUGGGCCAUCCGACAUCCGGCUUCUGGGUAUGUGCAGGGCAUCAACGAUUUAGUGACGCCAUUCUUCAUCGUCUUCCUGCAAGAAGCCGUGGGAGCUGAUAAAGAUUUGGAGCAGUGCCAACUGAGUGAUCUCAGCAUCGAGCAGCGCGAUAUUAUCGAAUCCGACUCGUUUUGGUGUUUGUCCAAGUUUCUUGAUUGUAUCCAGGAUAAUUACAUAUUCGCCCAGCUCGGCAUACAGGCGAAGGUGAACCAGUUGAAGGAGCUUAUCCAACGCAUCGAUGGUACGCUACAUCGCCACCUGCAAACGCACGGCGUCGACUAUCUACAGUUCUCCUUCCGCUGGAUGAACAAUCUUCUCACCCGCGAACUGCCACUCUACUGUACCAUCCGUCUGUGGGACACAUAUUUGGCCGAAUCGGACGGCUUUGCCGUGUUUCAGCUCUACGUUUGUGCUGCCUUUUUGCUUCACUGGCGUGAUCAGUUAUUGCAGGAAAAGGAUUUCCAGGGACUUAUGCUAUUGCUGCAAAACCUGCCAACACACAACUGGAUGGAUUCGCAUAUCGGUGUGCUGGUGGCAGAAGCGUUUCGCUUAAAGUUCACCUACGCCGAUGCGCCAAAGCAUCUCGAGACCAAAAGUUGACCCGGAAUGGCACCGGACGGUGGGUACUAUCAUAAUUACUGUAGGAACUACCUGUAUAAGUUUAUCUAGGGACGAGGGAAGGAUUCUGCUGUUGCGUGCUACGAAACAAUAGCCAGAAACCGUGUGCAUACGUCGAAGAUGGUUGCUUGGUAGCUUUGUUAAGACGAUCGACACUGACAUGGACUGAUGUUAAGAACAGAACGCACUGGUGAUAUCAUACACGGGGCGAGAAGGGCAAUGCAUAUUUUCUUGUAGAACAAGAGUGUACUUUUUCCAAUUCUGGUUAAAGGGAACAAAACACCCAAGCACUAGGCGAAUAGAAAGUAUUGAAGAAUCUAAUUUUAUCAUGAUUGCCGUACAACGAAUCGUGGAAACUAAGGAUUACGAUUGAUCAGUUGAAGCUUGAGCUUUCGCAAUUAAUUUGUUUUUUUUUUGCCGGAAGACCUUUCAAAUUACGGUGUUGAUUUUGAUCCUUGAACUUCCCUUAUUGGUCAGUCCAAUCGAAAAAAACGAC